CACUCCCGGCAACGGCUAUAGUUUUUUUCGUUAGCCGAUGACUCUUACAGUCAGCUGCCGCAAGCUCAGUUGACUAGUCACACGCAGACAGUCGUUCGGUGUACAACUUCAAGGUAGCUGUAAAUAACAACCGGACUCAAACAUGGCUGACGAUGAGGAAAAGAAGAGGAAACAGGCAGAGACCGACAGGAAAAGGGCCGAAGUCCGUGCCCGCUUGGAGGAGGCGAGCAAGGCCAAGAAGGCAAAGAAGGGUUUCAUGACUCCUGACCGCAAGAAGAAACUCAGGCUCUUGUUGCGUAAGAAAGCUGCCGAGGAAUUAAAGAAGGAACAGGAGAGAAAAGCGGCUGAGAGGAGGCGUAUCAUCGAGGAGCGUUGCGGGAAACCCAAGGAUGUCGACAACGCUAACGAAGCCGAAUUGAAGCGGAUUUGUGCACAGUAUCAUGAGCGCGUCUACAUUUGUGAGGGUCAGAAGUGGGAUUUGGAGCGUGAAGUUCGGAAAAGGGACUUUGAGAUUGCGGAUUUGAACAGUCAGGUCAAUGAUCUUCGAGGCAAAUUCAUGAAGCCAACCCUGAAGAAGGUCUCAAAGUAUGAAAACAAGUUCGCCAAGCUGCAGAAGAAGGCGGCCGAGUUCAACUUCCGUAACCAACUGAAGCAGGUCAAGAAGAAGGAAUUCACCCUAGAGGAAGAAGACAAGGAGCCCAAGAAGUCCGAGAAGGCAGAAUGGCAGACGAAGAAGUAGAAUAUCAAUAAACAACUUCAGAAAAACAUACUAAAAUAAUUACGUUAAAACCGCCAAAAAUAGACUAAAUAAAGAUCAAGUCGGAUGAAAAAAUUAAAAUCAUUAAUAAAACGUACAUUCACACACACGUAAUUAUAAAUGUAUUUUUCACGUCAAACCAUACUUUUGUUACUUUUUUCCACCGACACCGUGCAUAAGCCAAUGAUUUCAUUUAAAACAUCGAUACGAAAAUAAACAUAAUGAAACAAUUGGAAUCGACAAAACUGUUCAUAUUAUAUCUAUUUUUGCUGUAUUUUUUUCUUAUAAGAUUUUUUGGAUUUUUAAUUUAAUAAUAAAAGUUGUGCGUCGGCUUAUAAGCUUUAAGAGAUAAGAAACUCAAUAAACGUUGAUUUAAUGCAAUUGGAUUUAUCUUUUCAACGCUGAUUACUUAAUUUUUUCUUCAAUUGCUUUUUUUGGCGAAUCGAAUCUAAAUAACGAUAAAAAAGUUAUUUAUGUUUGAAAAAAGUAUAUUUUGUAUUUUUGAGAAAACAUUUCCGUAAUCGGAUUUUCUGUCUUCGUUACUAUGCCAGUCUGCCAGGAUUUUUGAUUUUUGAAACCUUUUUGACAAAUAUUUUUGUGUCCAUAAUGUGUUGUCCACUUAAAAUAUACCGUUUUUUUGUAGACUUGUAACAGUCUUCCUACCUACAUGUUUUUUAUUUAUGAUACUAAAAUUUAGUUUGAACGUUUUUAUUUAGAAAUAGAAUAGAAUCUUCAGUUUCGUGGUGACUUUUUUUUAAAUGUUGUGAUUUUUUGUUAAAUGAUAAGUUACAAUUUUUUAUUCUACGAAUAAUUUAAAUUCUAUUGUAACUAAUAAAUUUUUAUUAUAUUUUCUAUAACGUAAUAUCUUAAGCUCUACGUAACUAUCUUUCAAUACUUUUGAAAUAUAGCAUAAUCUUCGUUUAACUUUCUAUUAAUAUAAACAACUAUACUUUUCUCUACUAAUAUCAAAAAAGAAUUGUUCUGAAACAGAAAUCGUUGUUAAAGGUGAGAUUUACUUUGCAGUGUAUUUUACUUCUGUUCGCGUUCCGUGUUUCACAAUAAUUGCAAAAGCGCUUUGCAUACUCACCUCGUUUAUGCAGUUUUAAUAACUUGUUUUAAUCUUUUCAUUUAUAAUAUUAAUUUAAGAUUUUCUUUUAGCUUUCGUAACGUCUUAUUUCAAGAUUUUCCGAUAUUUUCGUUCAAGAACUUGAAUAAUUAAACGCGAAAGCACACAUUUAUUUAUAAAAAGAAUCAAUAAUAAAUACAAUUUAAUAUCAUUAAAAUGUAUUAUUAAAUAUAUUUAUAAUGAAUCGGCUGCCAAGCUCCCUAAUUAUAUUUGUUCAUUUUUCCUUUACGUUUCAGACGAAUACAUUAGAAAAAUGUUGGCUAAGUUUCACUUGUUUCAAAAUGUAUCAAUAAUAGAUAACAACCGUUAAUCAUGUUAAGGAAACAAUAAUCAAUAUGUUCAUAUUUUAGACUUAUUAAUAAUUUUAAUGUAUAAUACUACCAUUUGAAAAAUGUAUUCGUUUGAUAUUAUUUUCCAAACUGAUAAGUGUUAAACUGCAAUAUACUUUAUAAUGAAAACAUGAUAGCUGACAAAAUGUAUGUGUUCUUGUUUUAUGUUGAUUAACGUUGCUUAA